CCACUACGAGAUGUCGCCCCAGCGCUUUGUGGCUGCCUGUGUCCAAGCUGUGUGUGCAGGGGGAGGCGCCGCGCUCUGCCCUGCGGUGGAGGUCUAUGCUGCCCGCUGUGCCCAGCUCGGCCUGCCCGUGGACUGGCGCCAGCCCCACCGUUGCCGUGGGUGAGAGCUGGAUGGACGAUGCCAACUGCACGCGGCGGUGCACGUGCCGCAGCCCGGAGAACAUCGCCUGUGAGGCCUGGAGCUGCCUCCCCGGGCAGGAGUGCAGUGAGCGUGGCAGGUGGCUGGGCUGCCAUGACACACGUGCGGCCACAUGCUAUGUGUUCGGCAACCUGCACUAUGUGACCUUCGAUGGGGCAUCAGUGACCUUGACAGGCACCUGCUCUUACACGCUUGCCCGCGUGUGUGGCACCCACCCAGGCCUGGAGGACUUCACUGUCAUGGGCACCAAUGCGCCCAGUGACGCCCCCGGCUCCUCCUUCCUGGUGCGGGUAGACAUGACGGUGGGCGGUGCCUGCAUGGCCCUACUGCGUGGGCACCAGGUCUUGGUGGAUGGGGUCAGGGUGAGCCCACCACUGCGGAACAGGCUGCGGGGACUGGCGGUGACGGAGGCCGGCACCUUCGUGGAGGUGCGCAGCCAGGGAGGCCUGGUGCUGCGCUAUGAUGGGCACCACCUGCUGGAGCUCCGUGUGCCCGGGGCCUACUACAGCCAGGUGUGCGGCUUGUGCGGCAACUUCAACCACCAGCCUGAGGAUGACCUAACUUUGCCAGCUGGGUGCCCGGCCCCCAGCGCCCCUGCCCUGGGCAGCGCCUGGCAGGCGCCCGGGCCCUCCCCACCAGGGUGCCAGGAGGACAACAGCGAGGACCUGAUGCCCCCCUGCUCCCCGGAGGACUUAGCACGUUGGGCCGCCCUGUGCCAGGAGCUGCAGGCGCCUGUGUUCGCCGUCUGCCACCCACGGGUGCCAGUUGCCCCCUUCGCUGACGCCUGCCUCUUCGACCUGUGCGCAACCCGGGGCCAGGCCUCGGCCCUCUGCUAUGCCGCCCAGGCCUACUCCAAGGCCUGCCAGGCCCAGGGGGGCCCCCCUGUUGCCUGGAGGAACAGCACCUUCUGCCCCCUCCUAUGCCCCCUGAACAGCUGCUACACGCCAUGUGCCCCAGCCUGCCCGCCCAGCUGCGCUGAGCCCCUAGCACCCACGGCCUGCCCCGAGGACCAGGCCUGCAGCGAGGGUUGUGACUGUGACGUGGGGCACCUGCGCAGCGGUGAUGCCUGCGUGCCUGCAGGGGAGUGCGGCUGCGUGGAUGAUGAGGGACACUACCACAGCGUGAAUGGGGUGCUAACGAACCUGCCCUUCUCCCCUGAUGACGACCUCAGCAUCGGAUUCUGGGGGCUGCAGAUCCUGCUGCAGACCCAAGGCGGCUUCAGCGUCACCUUUGACGGACUCCACUAUGCAGCUGCUUGUCCCCCAGAGCUGGUGCUCCCCGAGCCAUACCGAGGGGUGGUCGGGGGCUUGUGUGGGACCCUCAACGGGGACCCCGAGGAUGACUUCACACUGCCAGAUGGGGCCAGCACCCACAGCCUUGAGCGCUUUGGGGAGGCCUGGAGGGUGCAUGCGCCCCCCCCACGACAGGCAGUCGCUGCCUGAAUCGGGGUUUGAGGCUGCCUGCCCCGCCUCGCGCUUGGCUGCUGUCAAUGGGUCAGAGCAGUGCGGGGUCCUCGGGGCCCCAGGGGGGC